GCUAACCCGCGAGUUCAGGCUCAGUACUCUCUCACCAGACGCCCUCACCGGCUCACCCGCCCCGCGCCCGCCUUCCAAUGGCGCCCCUCCCCUGCCGCAACCUCCCCGCUCGGCUCCCAACCCUCCCUCGCCACGCCACCGCCCACGCACGGCUCUCCUCCCUGCGCGCUCCAGCCCCUCGCCGACCACCCACCACCACCGCAAGCACAAGCGCGAGCACGCUGCGGCUCCCCUUCGCGGCCACAAGGGAUGACGCGGCGCUCGCCUCCCUCGUCGGCCAGCUCGAACACGACGUUGUGCACGGCCAGUACCGCGACGACGUUCAGGACGAGGAAGAAGAGGAGGAGGACCUGCACCUCCUCGACGACGCCCGGCGCCGCGGCGGGAGGAGGCACCAGGACGAGCUGCCCGCGCGGUGGCGCGAGAUCCACGGGCGCGACGACUGGGCUGGGCUCCUUGACCCGAUGGACCCUCUGCUCCGGUCGGAGCUCAUCCGGUACGGCGAGCUCGCGCAGGCCUGCUACGACGCCUUCGACUACGACCCGUCCUCCCGGUACUGCGGCAGCUGCAAGUACCCGCGGCGCGACUUCUUCGAGCGGCUGGGCAUGCCGGAGGCGGCGCGAGGGUACGCCGUGUCCCGGUACCUGUACGCGACGUCCAACUUCCGGUUCCCCAACUUCUUCCCGCAGUCCCGCGCGGGCGCCAAGAUCUGGAGCCAGAGCGCCAACUGGAUCGGGUACGUGGCCGUGUCCGGCGACGAGGAGAGCGCGCGUCUGGGGCGGCGCGACAUCGCCAUCGCGUGGCGCGGCACGGUGACGAGGCUGGAGUGGGUGUCGGACCUCAUGGACUUCCUCCGCCCCGUGGCGGACGAGGGCAUCCCGUGCCCGGACCCGGAGGUGAAGGUGCUAGCCGGCUUCGCGGACCUGUACACGGACAAGGACCCCACCUGCCGCUUCUGCAAGUACUCAGCGCGCGAGCAGGUCCUGAUGGAGGUCCGCCGGCUCGUGGCGCGGUACGCCGCGCGGGGCGAGGACGUGAGCAUUACCGUGACCGGGCACAGCCUCGGCAGCGCCCUGGCCAUGCUGAGCGCCUACGACAUCGCCGAGUCCGGCGCGAACGUCGCCGGCGGCGCCGGCGACGGCGGCGGGCAGAGGGCCGUGGCGCCCGUGUGCGUGUACUCGUUCGCGGGGCCCCGGGUGGGGAACGCGGCGUUCAAGCGGCGGUUCGAGUCGGAGCUCGGGGUGAGGGCGCUGCGGGUGGUGAACGUGCACGACAACGUGACGCGGAUGCCCGGGAUCCUGCUGAACGAGGGGGCGCCCGAGGCGGUGCGGCGCGUGGCGGAGCGGCUGCUGCGGGUGCCCUGGUGCUACACCCACGUCGGCGUGGAGCUGGCGCUCGACCACAAGCGCUCGCCGUUCCUCAAGGACACGAUGGACCCGGCCUGCUACCACGACCUCGAGGCGCACCUCCACCUCAUCGACGGGUACCACGGGCGCGGGGAGCGGUUCGUGCUGGCGAGCGGGCGCGACCCGGCGCUGGUGAACAAGGCCUGCGACUUCCUCAAGGACCACCACGGCGUGCCACCCUGCUGGCGCCAGGACGAGAACAAGGGCAUGGUCCGCGGCCGCGACGGGCGCUGGGUCCAGCCGGACCGCCACGGAUGGCACCUGGACGACCACGACCACGACGACCCGCACCACCAUCACCAUAGUCACCACGACGACGACGGACACCACCAUCGCAGCAGCAGCCAUCGCCGCGAAGGCCACCACGGCGGCGCGGACGAUGGAGCCCGGCGGCACCGCGAUGACCAGCACGGCCACGACCUGCGGUCUCAUCGGCCAAGCAAGCGCGAUGUCUAAAAGCUUGGACUGUCGCGCGCGCCAAUGGCCGGGGAACCGUUUGUCCGUGUGAUGAUGCCGUGCCACCAGCACUGUGAUACAGUCAUACAGAGCUACUGCACUAGAGCUAGCGUUUGGACUGUGAACGAGCAUUUGUGUUGAGAGGGUGUGUAGACUAUAGAGAAUCCACGUGUGGACACAUGAACGAAAGUGGAACAAACUAUAUUGUGUCAACUGCGGAUAAUAACUAUAUAUAUGUACGACAGUAAAAAAGAUGAUAGUUUUUUUUCGUA